GUGUGUGUAGCAAUUCGAACAAAGAGAGAGACCUCUUUCAGUUCAAAGUUGCAAAAAACUUGUAAUCAAAAUGGCUAACUUUGGCUAUUUGGGUAAUUUUCUACUGUUCUGUAUUCUACUAGGAAUAGUGACUUCUAGCCAUGCUCAGUUACAGCUCAACUUUUAUGCAAAGAGCUGUCCAAAAGCAGAGAAGAUAAUUCAAGAUUAUGUCCAAAAGCACAUCCCAAAUGCUCCAUCUCUUGCAGCUGCCUUGCUCAGACUGCAGUUCCACGAUUGUUUUGUCAGGGGUUGUGAUGCAUCUGUGCUUCUGAAUUUCACUUCGAGCACGAAAAACCAAACUGAAAAGGUGGCUAUUCCUAAUCAAACACUGAGAGGCUUCUCAUUCAUUGAUGAUGUGAAGAAAGCAGUUGAAGCUGAAUGCCCUGGAAUUGUCUCUUGUGCUGAUAUUGUUGCCUUAGUUUCUAGAGACUCCGUCGUGGUCACGGGAGGUCCUUACUGGAAUGUUCCAACUGGUAGAAGAGAUGGAAGAAUAUCAAACGCGUCCGAAGCUUUGGCAAACAUUCCUCCUCCAACUAGUCACUUUUCCAGUCUCCAGACAUCUUUUGCAAGCAAGGGUCUUGACCUAAAAGACUUGGUCCUAUUGUCUGGUGCACAUACUAUUGGAGUUUCUCAUUGCUCGUCAUUUUCAACACGUUUAUACAAUUUUACCGGAGUUUUGGGCACACAAGAUCCGUCUCUAGACAGCGACUAUGCAGCUAAUCUUAAGGCGAAGAAAUGCAAAUCAAUCAAUGACAAUACCACAAUUGUUGAAAUGGAUCCUGGCAGUUCAAGCACCUUUGAUCUUAGCUACUUUAAGCUUUUACUAAAGAGAAAAGGGCUAUUCCAAUCAGAUGCAGCCUUGACAACAAGUGCGACAACAAAGUCAUACAUCAACAAGCUAGUACAAGGAUCACUCAAACAGUUCAAUGCUGAAUUCGCCAAGGCUAUGGAGAAAAUGGGCAGUAUAGAAGUCAAGACUGGCUCUGCUGGUGAAAUUAGGAAGCAAUGUGCAUUUGUGAAUAGUGAAGUGUAGUCUUUGUGUUUGUUCCCAAUUUCCAAUAUUGUUGUGUUUGUAUUUGUGUGUAACCUUGGUGAGAUUAGGAAGCAUUGCGUGUAUCGAUUUAUCUCACUAGAGUAUCGGUACCAAAAACGCCGGUGAACAGCGAACCACUUAAUGGCUGUAAAUCACACUGGAAUUUAUUUGUGCGGAAGAAGGAGAAGAA